AUGUUCCGCACCACUGUGCCUCGUAUGGCUGGGUUCGUGUUCCGUGAGAACCGUGUCCCCUACUACCAGCGCCUCUUUCAGAAGCACGACGGCAAGCGUCAAUGGUGGAAGACCGAGCGUAGCGGCUACGUCAUGUACCCCUACCUGAUCUCCGUCUACGGCCUUGGUGCUGCUUCCAUGUACGCCAUGAUCCGUGUGGUUCUUGGCCACAAGACUUGGAUCUAA